UGAAACACAUAAGGUGUGUUAGUGAAUGCAUUUUCUUGUUGGGUUAUGAAUGGAAAAACUCCCAAAUGAAUUUCGUGCUCUUCCCAAGUAAAUAUUUAUGAAUGGCUGGAAACAGGGGAAUGGUUGUUGUGACUGCACUGCAGGUCUUUCGAUUCCCUUUAGGUACACAAAAAAACACGGAAUGUCCAGCCAAUAGCCUGAAAGUAAAGACGGGAGAAAACUGUAAGACUUGUCCACAUUUCUCUCAGUGAUUUGCGCAGCUCGUCUGUACUUGGGACUUCUCAUCUGUGACCAUGGCACAGUCUCGGCUUCUGCUGUUCGUGAUCUGCUUCAGUGUUCUCCAGACUGGAUAUGGCCAACCCUCUCGCUCCAAAAAAGCAGUUCCGACUCGACAGAGAGUGACAGAAGAUGAUGACGUGAGAACACAGAUUGACAAGCUGUGGCAGGAAGUCAAUUCCCUGAAAGAGAUGCAGGCACUGCAAACAGUUUGCCUGCGUGGCAUCAAAGCCCACAGGAAGUGUUACCUGGUUUCUGAGCAGGCCAAGCACUACCACGAGGCCAACGAGGACUGCAUUGCACAGGGAGGGACCCUGGCCAUACCUCGAGAUGUAAGCCAAAAUGGCGAACUCACAGACUAUGUCAAACGCAGCUCACCCGCAUCCAAAGAUUUCUGGAUCGGCAUAACAGACAUAGUGAAGGAAGGCCAGUAUGUGGACGUGAACAGCCUGCCCGUCACUUUCUUCCACUGGGAUCGUUCCAAGAGAGAGCCCACGGGAGGGAAGAGAGAGAGCUGUGUCGCGCUCUCAUUGGCAGCACAGGGAAAAUGGCACGACGAGGUCUGUCGCAGUCAGAAGAAAUACAUCUGUGAAUAUCUGAUCCCGUGAUGUGCCUCACACAUGACAUAAAGAUGCUUGUUAAAGAUACAGACAGCCUGUCAUUGAAGCUGGCUAUUAAAAAGUAAACACUCAGUGGUAAUGUAUGAUGUGUUCUCUUUAUUCACUUCUCAAAUGGUAGAAUACUAAACAGAAACUUCCUCA